AUGUCCUCGCUUAGUACAGAUUCCACGAAUCGACGAGAGGUUCUCCCUAAAAACGUUAAACCUGUUCAUUAUGAUCUGAAAUUGGAACCCAAUUUUGAGGCUUUCACAUAUAACGGCACAAUACUGGAGGACACAAACUCCAUAACCCUCAAUAUCAUCGACCUCAAGAUAUGUAGCACGCAAGUCCAUUACAACUCGAGACCCGUCCCUUCUGCAUCUGAGCUGUCGUAUAAUAAGGACAGACAGACCGUGACCAUACACCUGCAAGAUACCAUCCACGCUGGAGGCAUGGCAACUCUAACUCACAUCUUUAUCGGAACUCUCAGUGAGAACAUAGCUGGCUUCUAUAGGUCAAGCUUCAAGGGAGAAGACGGAAGCGAACAGUACAUGGCAGUUUCGCAAAUGGAACCCACGGACGCAAGACGAGCCUUUCCCUGUUUCGAUGAACCAGCCCUCAAAGCUACCUUCACCAUCACCCUCGUUGCUGACAAGAAAAUGACUUGUCUCAGCAACAUGGACGAAGAGUCUGUGAACGAAGUUGGAACGCACAGGAAAGCAGUGAAAUUCAACAAGUCUCCAUUGAUGUCAACGUACCUUGUGGCGUUCGUCGUGGGCGAGUUGAACAGUAUCGUGACGCACAAAUUUCGUGUGCCAAUCAGAUGUUUCGUUACUCCUGGCAAAGACAUUACGCAUGGACAUUUCUCUCUUGAACUUGCUGCACGGACGCUUGAUUUUUAUGAAAGGAAGUUUGAAAUAUCUUACCCUUUGCCAAAAAUGGACAUGAUUGCCGUCCCUAAUUUUAUUGGUGCGAUGGAGAACUGGGGUCUGACCAUUUAUCGCGAAGGAGAUCUCCUGCUGGAUCCAGAAUCGAGCAGUGCUUCUACGAGCCAAAGAGUUGCUGAAGUUGUGCAGCACGAGUUGGCUCAUCAGUGGUUUGGUAACCUUGUAACCAUGGAUUUCUGGGAUGGACUGUGGCUCAACGAGAGCUUUGCCACCUGGAUGACAUGGUAUUCCUGUGAUGCAUUCUACCCGGAGUGGAGGGUAUGGCAGACAUAUGUGACCAACGAACUUCAGCGUGCUCUGGCUCUCGACUCCCUACGAAGCUCUCAUCCAAUAGAAGUUCCGGUUGAACGGGCACACGAAAUCAGCCAAAUUUUCGAUGCGAUCACAUAUUCGAAAGGCUCCUGCGUUCUUCGUAUGAUCUCUAAAUUCCUCGGCGAGGAGGUCUUCUUAGAUGGCAUUCGUGUUUAUCUUAAGAAACAUGCGUAUGGCAGCGCCACAACGGGCGAUCUGUGGGCGGCCUUAUCAGAGAAAAGCGGCAAGGAUGUUGGCAAGCUAAUGCGCACCUGGACAAAAAACAUUGGAUACCCUGUGCUUACUGUUAUGGAAGAUGCGCAGAACAACUCACUUCACAUAAAGCAGACUCGGUUUUUGAUAACAGGAGACCUCAAGUCUGGAGAAGACCAUACCAUAUACCCCGUUUUCCUGAAUCUUCGCACCCAAGAUGGCGUGCACGAGGAUCUUGCGCUCAGUCUUCGCGAGCAAAGCUUCGAAAUCAAGAAUCUCGAUUUCUUCAAACUCAAUGCUGAACAUUCAGGUAUCUAUCGCACAUCAUACUCAUCUGAACGACUGCGAAAGCUCGGAGAGUCUGCAAGCAAGGGUCACUUAACAAUCGAAGAUCGCGCCGGUAUGGUUGCGGAUGCUGGUGCUCUCGCAGCCGCUGGCUAUCAGAAAACCUCUAGUGUAUUGUCAUUACUUCAAGCGCUCCAGACCGAGUCCGAGUUUGUCGUAUGGAGCCAGAUGAUUGCCUGUAUCACUUCUAUCCGAGCAGCCUGGGUCUUCUGCAACGAAAAAACCAAGAAUGCAUUGGAGUCCUUUCAACGCCAUCUCGUCAGCGCCAAAGCGCAGCAGCUGGGUUGGGCUUUUAAAAAGAGUGACACACACAUUGAACAGCAAUUUAAGUCACUCCUCUUCGAGAGCGCAGCUUUAGCUGGCGACCAGGAAUCUAAAAAUGCUGCCUUUGAUAUGUUCGCUAAGUUCAAGGAAGGCGAUCGGUCCUCUAUUAACCCGAACCUGCGCGCCGCCGUAUUUGCUGUGGUCCUGUCAAACGAUAGUGAGGAUGAGUACAAUGCCGUUCUAGACGAGUUUCGCACGGUCAGCACCAGCGAUGGGCGCGACGCCGCUUUGGGCGCUAUCGGCCAAGCACAUAAACCCGAGCUCAUUCAGCGCACGCUCAAAUUGAUGCUCAGCAAAGAGAUUAAGCAGCAGGAUAUUCACCUUGUGAUGAAAGGGCUACGCGUGCACAGGGACGGCAUCGUGGCGCUAUGGGGUUGGCUUAAGCAGAAUUGGGACACGGUUCAGGAGAAGCUGUCACCUGGCCUCAGCAUGUUAAGCAGAGUCUCGAAGCUUUUUUUUGAAGAGAAAGACACAGAAGGUUUUGAUCGCACUUUACGGCAAAGUUUUGAUGCGAUUCGGGCAAAGGGAAGAUGGCUGGAGAGAGACAUGAAGGACGUGGAAGCAUGGCUACAUGAAAGAGAUUUCUUGUAG